AUGCAAUUACAUCGUCGACCCAAUUCUAUUGCAUGUAGUAGCAAUAAUCAUCAAGAGACUACGAGGACUACUACUACUACUACCAUGAUGGAAGAGGAUCAAGCUGUUAUCCAGUUGGAUGAUUGCCCCUAUCAAGCACUUCAACAGACAUUACAGCACCGAUCUGAUCCUAGCAUAGAGCAACAAGACCUUCAUGGCAUCUCAUCAAAUAAAUCACGGCAUCAAACUGCUGUUGUACCCAUCACCACUACAGCUCCCCGUGAAAGAACCAUUAAACAUGCUAGUCCUGGCCCUAUCUCUGAAUUCGUACAAAAGCUCUUUCGAAUGCUUGAGGAGAGCACAUCUAAUCAAGAUACUUUAUGUUGGGGUGCAGAUGGUGCUUCUUUUAUUGUCAAUGACGUUGAUGAAUUCUCAAGGACGAUGCUUCCAAGACAUUUUAAGCAUGGCAACUUUGCUAGCUUUGUCCGUCAAUUGAACAAGUAUGGUUUUCACAAAGUUCGUCAUUCAGAUGUUCAUGGGCGGCGUAUGAGGGCGACAGGCCGUGAUCAGGUUUGCGAGUUUGCACAUGUAAACUUUAGACGAGAUCGUAAAGACCUCCUUGGUACCAUUCGUCGCAAAACAUGCUCCGAGAAGACAAAGCGUCGUUUAAUGUAUGCCACCACGGCCACAACAAGUAAUCCAUAUCCAACAAGGCAACAACGACAACAGCAACAACAACGUAGUGCUACUACUACUGGUGCUGGUGCUGCUGAAGACAUGGAUCAAGAUAAUCAUGGCCAUCAACAACAUUGCAAAAAGGAUGUUGAGACGCUGCGGGACAUGGUGGAAAAGCUAAACAGCCGCCUUGAUGGGCUACAGGAGUCGCACAAUCAAAUGGAGUCCAACCUGGCGCAGCACAGUGAACGAGGAGCGAUUGUAUUAAAGGAAUUUCUAGAACUUGAAAAGACAAUGGCCACUCAAGACUCUUUGAUUCGCCAAAUUUUGAAACUUGUGGGCAAUACAAGUGACCAACAAGAUACUACUACACCAAGUCUUGCUGGUUUGUUGCACAAUAAUGUAUCGGUGUCAUUGACGACAACACACACGCUUGCAAAUGCGUACAACAAGGUUUCACAGUUGGGUUUCGAUCAGCUAAAGUCGAUUGUCAAGCAUUUGGGUCAAUCACAAUGCAAAGAUCCAGCUUCUCCGUCGUCGGUAAAAUCACAACCGGCUGUAUCGGCUGGCUGUGUUGUGGGGGAAAUGACGCCUGAGACACCAGAAACAACCCAGGGCUCAGCUUGUGUUACACCGCCUGGUCUUGUAUCACCUGCACAAACUUGCAUUGACGACAACAACACCAACGACCCAAUGACAUCAGUUCCCAAGGAUUCACCAACCACACCACCCUCCCCCAAUGUCGAAUGGACAGUGCCUCCCCAUGUAUUACUUGUGGAUGAUGAUCGUGUGUGCCGUGAUUUGAGUGGCAAGCUCUUACAAUUGGUGGGAUGCACCAUUGACCUUGCCAAGGAUGGCGUCGAGGCCCUUCACAAGCUCACUGUCAAGAAAUAUGAUCUCGUCUUAAUGGACAUUAUGAUGCCAAACUUGGAUGGCAUUUCUGCUACUCGCAAUAUCCGACAAUAUGACAACUUCACUCCCAUCGUUUCUAUGACAUCCAAUUUUACCGAUAAGGACAUUAUGCUCUAUGCUGGUAGUGGCAUGACCGAUAUCCUUCCAAAACCUUUUACUGCCGACACCUUGUACAGUAUUUUGGAAAGGUAUUGUGCCCAUCUCAAAGAAACUGAAGCCCUAUGCCAUCAACAACAACCACUGCUGGAUCUCUCCUUGAGCAAAGAUAAAUCAAACCAGGACCUCGAUACAGCGCUUAGUUUGCUUGCAAGCAUGACUCAUCCUGACACUGGUGACACUGCACCACAGGCCGACGCCCUGUAUUCUGAGAACAUUGUCAACGUCAUCGAUAGCUAG